UAUUGCUGAUGACUGCCGGUCGUUUCAAAGAAACAGAGGAAACUUGGUACCCUUAGAUGCCGAGCACACGGAGGUGGUUGAAGGGCUGUGUUGGGGUGAUUGCUGACACCGAGGAUUGACGAUGUGAUAUUCUCAAUGCAAGGCAACCCAUCAAUCACGAGGGAUUGUUAGAUGGGAGUCCACGAAGGUGAUUGAACAAACCACUUAAUUUCUAUUUACGUGAGCUUUAUUCUUGUCAGUGCGUAUUGGACACAAGCCGGCACAAAAUCAAAAUUUUAUGAUGCAGUCUGGGUAUUUUUCGAUGGAAAAAUAUGGAGCCAUGCAGCAACCGAGUCCAACGCCGUCGACGCCGUCGACAGGCUUCAUGGGUCCGCGGUCGUCGCCCCUUUUUUCAAAUGCAGUGGAUCAACCUGAGCCACCACCUCCAACAGGACAAGAUGUUGACAGGCCGAACUCGAUGUCAAGUGGCCAAGACAGUGACCAAGCUCCUCCUCGGCAUCUUGCCAACGCCCUGGAUGGGCUUGGUCGGGCCGUCCGCCAUAUUGCCGAUGUGCGGUCGGGUGCCGACCUGCUCCUGGAAGCGCUGGAUGCUGCUGCACAGGUCCGCUCGCAUGGGGCUGGAAACAAGAAGCCUAGUGAUCGUAUUCAGAAAGCAGCUGAUGCCAUGCGAAUAGCUCUUGACGCACUUCGCGCCACAGGGAAGGAGUUAGAAGCUGCUGGGGUAUUGAAUGGAGCACAACAGAGGUUCGAGGAGAACGGGCUUUGGAAUUCGCCAGUGCCUUUUGUUGCUCCCGAUGGAUGGUUGGUUCCCUAUGCUUGGAAACGCCAGAUAGCUGGUCAAGCGGCAGCUACAGCGUAUGAAAGAGCAAGGCUUGCAUUGAAGGCAUUUACCGAGCAGAAAAGGCGAUUCUUCCCGGGUCUAGCUGCCACAACCACCUCUGUAACUGGAACAAAACGUCCCCGUAGUGAAGGAUCGGAAACUACAGAUACGGCGGAGCCUUCUUUACCUGACUUACUGAGGCGUAUACAACCUGAAACUCAAGGGAUGGUUGUCACACCAUACGAACGCCUGGCUUGGGUGAAGAAAUCAAAUUUAAAAGCUGGAAUGAGUACUACUUUCGCUAGCAGGGUGUUGACUUCCAAUUCAUCACUCUCAGUGAGGCAUGGUAACGCUGGGACACCCCAACAACCACCUCAAGCUGGGGUUGACAAUCCCACUUCAUCGACAAGACAAGCUGAGAAAAUAGCAGUUUUGGAAGCUUCAAUACCUAGUGUUCUUGUGGCUGUUGUUUCAGUUAUACCCGCUGGCUCCCUAUAUCCGGAUGCAGUUGCACUUUUCUCCCCUGCCGAGGCCGGCGGACACAUUCAAGCAUGGGGUGUAUCGCAGCACAAACUGUAUCAACGAUUGUCGGAGCACGUAACCGCAACCUUGCAUCAAUUAUUGCAACAAGAUCGAACUUCUGCAUUGGAGCUUCUCUUGAGAUGGCUACUUUCAUAUCGGACUCUUUUCACACAACAAUGCUCGGUGUGCAAGCAUGUGAUGGCCUACGAUGGCCCAUCCGAUCUCAUAUUUCCUCCUCUGGUUCGGCCGACACCACGAGCAACCGUGCCAUUAACCACUAAGAAUGCCAAGACGGAGGAAUCUAACGCUGACAAUGAAGCACUUGCUUACCACUUGGGUUGCGUCCCGAAAGGUAUGGAAUGAGUGUUGCACCUUAUUAUAGCUCAUUACCAUGACCAUUCAUUAACGGCUCGCUUAUCUUCUGACUUGUUGAAUAUCUGAACGUGACCGCCUGAGAUUCGAAGGGGGUCGCUGGAGAGGAUUUCUCUGGGCAUCUUAAAUGUUACAGGGUCAUUUCCUCCAUUGUUCAAAAAUGCUACGGUUAUUGGAACCUGGUUACACAGAAAAUCAAUCUGAUUUUAUUUACUUUGUGUCUACUUUGCCUGCACCAACGUGUGCAAAUUGUGUAACUAUAUCCGGCCAUUAUUCAGUUUUCGAGGAGUUCAGUGUACAUGCUUGUUUACGAAGUAUAGCAUGUCCUCCUUAGAAGCAGUGCAUGCAUGGAGUGGUUCAAUUGAACUGUUAAUAUAGUAUCUUUUCUUCCUGCUGGAAAUAAAAUAGGUUAUUGUUUUGCUCGAUGAUAA